AUGUAUACAACAACAACACCAUCGACAUCGACAUCAUCGGCAACAAUAUCGUCGCCUAUAAUAAUAAUACCGACCAUACAAUCGGAACAAAUUAAUUCAAACAAUAUUCAUAAUCACCAGCACAUCCAAAGUGUCAUCAAAACUGACCACAAAUUAUGCGAUCAAUCGGCUGCUACUGCUGUGGGAGGAUCAGCGGCAGCCGUGGCCUCUCAAUCAUCGGACAGUGGUCUGACUAUCGGCGGCGGUAACAACACGGACGAGACCAACAACGCUAGUAGUGGUGACCAACAGAUCAGCUGUUCGAGUGGUGACCAGAAAACUAAACCCCAGUAUUCGUACGUAGCGUUGAUAACAAUGGCUAUUAAGUCGUCGCCCGACCGCAGUCUACCGUUGGCCGGUAUUUACGAAUGGAUAUACAAACGGUUUCCGUAUUUUAAAAAAGGUGACAAAGGCUGGCAAAACAGUAUCCGUCAUAAUCUCAGUUUGAACGAGUGUUUUAUGAAGAUUCCCAUUGAAAUAUCGACUACCAGUGCCCGUAAGGGUAACAAAUGGGCACUACAUCCCAAUUAUGAGGAUAUGUUUGUCGAUGGGAACUAUAAACGGCGUAAGAAAAUCAAACGAAACCGGACAUCACCAUACGAUACCAGCAAAGUUUUCAUGAACCACCACCACCAACAACACCAUCACCAAGUGGUCCAAACAGUACCCAAUAUGACUGCCUAUUCGCGUAACGUUGCCGCCUAUCAUCACCGAUUUGAUCUGUCGACACCAUCGCUACCGCCCGGUUCGAUGAUAUCACCGUUUCCCACUAGCAGUGCAAUGGCCGCAGCGGCGGCCGCGGCAGUCGUAGCCGCCGAUAACCAAACCAAACACUACUAUCAAACUUAUAAUACCUGUCAAUCACUUAAUAAUAAUAAUAAUAAUAACACCAACACCAGCAACAACAACAACACUACUACUUCUACUAUCAAUGAUUUUACUACCCAUUGUUGGUCCCCGUUAUCCAAUCUUCAAUCACAGUACAGCUGUCCCAACACAACUAGCCUACAGUCCUAUCACAACACUAACAACAAUACGUAUAACUCGUCGACAAUACCGUCGUUGUCGUCGUCGUCGACGACCACAUCGUUUGAUAGCCGAGGAGUAGGAGGAAGAGGUAGUACCGACCUAUUGGCCAGUUCGGUAACUACCGGUGCUGUCGGUAGUGGUGGUGGUGUCCUUCCGUCACUCAAUCUCGACAAUAUCAAUGUUAUUCAGCAGCAGCUUAGGUAUCCGUAUUGA